CGCGCUAAUUUCGGCUCUGCAACUUCCGUUAGUCGGCGGCCCGAAAAGUAAACAAAAAUGCUGCCUACCACAUGCAAACGUGACAAUUCCGCAGUCUCCGCCUGAGAUGCAUCUGUGCGAUACAAAAGAAAGCUUCCGAAAUCCCACAUGCUGCAGAAAAAACAAGCCGCAAUUACGGGCCAUUUUACUUUAAUGAAGCCAAGUGCCAAAAGUGAAAUAUGCGAAAGCAGAAAAUAUCCAAUAAUUUGUGCGUGUGUUCGUUGGCCAUUGUGCAAAACAUUUAUGAGCUGGAAGCGCCAAAAGCCAAAUACGAACGAAAUAUAAACAACCCACGAAACAUUCAGGGCUUGUUGUAUUUGCAAAACUCGAGCUUGUGUUUACGCAAAGAUAACGAAAUGCCAUGAUAAAAAUUUAAUUAAUUAUUUUUCAGAGCAGGGCAUUUUUGAUGUGGCCGAAAGAGGACAUUAAUUUAUAGAAGUUUCAACUGAAAUUAUUGCCAUUCAUAAAACUAGAUGAUGGUUUACAUAAAAAUAAAGUAAUUGCAUUUAAAAUUUGUAAGCACAUUAUUCUAAAAUCCAUAAAUAAUGUACAAUCAACACAAUCCUUUAUUAGAGCCGCUCGUUUAAUUUUCGGCCCACAAAAAUCGCUUUAAGCUUUGCAUCCCCCACUCAAUCGAGCUUCAUGGCAGAUCAAUCAGUUACUCCCUGCAUCAAUCGACAAACGUAAAUGCGGUAAUUAUAAUUCCUGGUUUAAUUAGCCACCGCAGGCCGCCAGAACCGAAACAGUUUACAUAUGCAGACCGCGGAUGCGAAUGCAAAAAUGAGCUGUAGGCGACAUCAACGAGCACCAAUAAAACCAAAACCAGUAAAACCAAAAAUAAAAUAAAGCGAACCUAAUUAGCCCAUCGAAAUUACGCACGCAAACAGUGAUGGCCAAGACCGUGGACACCAAAGGCAGCGGCCACAAUGGCGACUCGCCGCUGCAACUGCACUUGCCACCGGAGGCGCCCUUGCAGGUGCGACGUCAUCGGCGCAGCAUUUCGCAGCUGAUGGCCAGCAUGGUUGAAUAUCCCACGGACGAUGUGUACCGGCCCACGCACUUCGCAGGCUAUGUGAACAGAGGCUACGAUGAUAUAGACAGUUCCUACUACUUUGCCCAGUUCGAGGCGAUGGCAGAGGCGCGGCGGGGGGCGGUCCUUCCGCCCUACGCAACCACCGACUCGGACGUCGAGCGCGGGAGCGGGGAGGCGGAUGGCUCGGCGGAGGACUCCAACGUCGAGGAGGAGGAGGUGUUCCGGGACUGCACGGACGACACGGCGGCCGAGCAGCAGAACCGCUGCCUGCCCGAGUUCCAGUUCUCCCUGGUCGAGUCCGAGUACGACGAGACCCUGGCCUUCCCGGACUCGGUCACCAUCCUGUCCAACGUGGGCGACAAGCCGGUGCUGGUGGAGCGCAAGGAGACCGACGACGACGAUGAGGAGUUCGACGACGAGGAGAACAACAGUGUGGUGCUGCGCCACGAAAUUCCCUUCACCAGCAUCUACGGGCCCAGUGUCAAGUUCAACUCGUUCCAGCGCAAGGUCUUCAUCCCGGGACGCGAGAUCCACGUCCGGAUCGUCGACACGGAGCGCAGCGUCACAACACAUCUGCUCAAUCCCAAUCUGUACACCAUCGAGCUGACCCACGGCCCCUUCAAGUGGACGAUCAAGCGGCGCUACAAGCACUUCAACUCGCUGCACCAGCAACUGAGCUUCUUCCGCACCUCGCUGAACAUUCCCUUCCCCAGCCGCAGUCACAAGGAGAAGCGCACCACGCUGAAGGCCACCGCCAGCCAGAUGGCCGAUGAGUCCACGCUGAAGGACCUGCCCGCCCACACGAAGGUGAAGCAGACCAGCACUCCCUCGGGAGGGGAGGGCCACAGCAGCAAAACCGCCAACAGUAACGGCCACAAUGCGAUGGCCAUAGUCACUCCCAGUCACAGUUCGAUCCUGGCGGGGUUCACGCCCCGUCGCAUUCAGAAGAAGCGCAAGAAAAAGAAGAAGCGCAAGCUGCCGCGAUUCCCCAACCGCCCGGAGAGUCUGGUCACCGUGGAGAACCUGGGUGUCAGGAUCAAGCAGCUGGAGGACUACCUGUACAACCUGCUGAACAUCAGUCUGUACCGAUCUCACCACGAAACGCUGAACUUCGUUGAGGCGUCGAACGUGUCGUUCGUGCCGGGCAUGGGCAUCAAGGGCAAGGAGGGCGUGAUCCUGAAGCGGACGGGCUCCACGAGACCGGGACAGGCGGGCUGCAACUUCUUCGGCUGCUUCCAGAAGAACUGCUGCGUGCGCUGCAACUACUUCUGCUCCGACGUGGUCUGCGGCACGUGGCGCAGCCGCUGGUUCUUCGUGAAGGAGACCUGCUUCGGCUACAUCCGGCCGACGGACGGCAGCAUCCGGGCGGUGAUCCUCUUCGACCAGGGCUUCGACGUGUCCACCGGCAUCUACCAGACGGGCAUGCGCAAGGGCCUGCAGAUCCUGACCAACAACCGGCACAUCGUGCUCAAGUGCUGGACGCGGCGCAAGUGCAAGGAGUGGAUGCAGUACCUCAAGAACACCGCCAACUCGUACGCGCGCGACUUCACGCUCCCCAAUCCGCACAUGUCCUUCGCGCCGAUGCGCGCCAACACCCAUGCCACGUGGUACGUGGACGGCGCCCAGUACAUGUCCGCCGUGGCCGACGGCCUGGAGGCCGCCCUCGAGGAGAUCUACAUCGCCGACUGGUGGCUCAGCCCCGAGAUCUACAUGAAGCGCCCCGCCCUCGACGGCGACUACUGGCGGCUGGACAAGAUCCUGCUGCGCAAGGCCGAGCAGGGAGUGCGCGUCUUCGUGCUGCUCUACAAGGAGGUCGAAAUGGCCCUCGGCAUCAACAGCUACUACAGCAAGUCCACGCUGGCCAAGCACGAGAACAUCAAGGUCAUGCGACACCCGGACCACGCAAGAGGCGGGAUUUUGCUGUGGGCGCAUCAUGAGAAGAUAGUGGUGAUCGACCAGACCUAUGCGUUCAUGGGGGGCAUUGACCUGUGCUACGGUCGCUGGGACGACCACCACCACCGCCUCACGGACCUGGGCAGCAUAUCAACGGCCUCCUUUUCUGGCAGCACGCGCCGCACGCCCAGCCUGUACUUCAGCAAGGACGACACGGACUCGGCGUUCGGGUCGCGAAAGUCCUCGCGGAACGCCCACUACGAGACGUCGGCCAAGGAGCGGUCUCCGUCUCCUGCGGCGGAUGUGCCCAGUACCAGCAUAGAGCUGAGGACCCUGAAGCCCGGCGACCGCCUGCUGAUACCGACGACGCUGGUUUCGAGUCCCGGGGAGACGCCCGGAGGGGAGUCGAGUGUGGCGCUGGAGGGGAUGAAGCUGAACACGCCCGAAAUGGAGCGGAAGAACAUGCUCGAUCGGCUGAAGAACAACGCGAUGAAAGGCGCCCGCAUGGGCAAGGACUUCAUGCAGCGGCUCACAGCCACGGAGGCGGCGGAAGAGAAGCCCGGCGAGGUGUUCACCAUCGAGUCGGAGGACGUGACGGACCACGCGGACCGGCUCACCCUGAACGCCGCCUGUGGCGGACAGGAGGCGGCGGUGACCGCCAGCAGCACGCAAAUACUCAGCGAGUUCUACGGCCAGGCGAAGUACUGGUUCGGCAAGGACUACUCCAACUUCAUACUCAAGGACUGGAUGAACCUCAACUCGCCGUUCGUGGACAUCAUCGACCGGACGACCACGCCCCGGAUGCCCUGGCACGACGUGGGCCUCUGUGUGGUGGGGGCCUCCGCCCGGGACGUGGCGCGCCACUUCAUCCAGCGCUGGAACGCCAUGAAGUUGGAGAAGCUGCGCGACAACACGCGCUUCCCCUACCUGAUGCCCAAGAGCUACCACCAGAUGCGCCUCAAUCCGCACCUGCAGCAGGGCCGCCAGAAGCGGGUCACGUGCCAGCUGCUGCGCAGCGUCUCCGCCUGGAGCUGCGGCUUCAUCGAGGCGGACCUGGUGGAGCAGAGCAUCCACGACGCCUACAUCCAGACGAUCACCAAGGCGCAGCACUACGUGUACAUCGAGAACCAAUUCUUCAUCACCAUGCAGCAGGGCAUGGGCGUGCCGGGGCCGCACAACAACGUGCGCAACCAGAUCGGGGAGACCCUCUUCAAGCGGAUCGUGCGCGCGCACAAGGAACGAAAGACCUUCCGCGUUUAUGUGAUAAUGCCGCUCCUGCCAGGGUUCGAGGGCGACGUGGGUGGCAGCACGGGCAUUGCAGUCAGGGCCAUCACGCACUGGAACUACGCUUCAAUUUCUAGGGGACGCACCGCGAUUCUGACCCGCCUGCAGGAGGCGGGCGUUGCUGAGCCGCAGAACUACAUCUCGUUCCACAGCCUGCGCAACCACUCCUUCCUGAACAACACGCCCAUCACGGAGCUGAUUUACGUGCACUCAAAGCUUCUGAUCGCCGACGAUCGCGUGGUGAUAUGCGGCUCGGCGAACAUCAACGACCGCUCGAUGAUCGGGAAGCGGGACUCCGAGAUAGCGGCCCUCAUGAUGGACGAGGAGUUCGAGGAUGGCCGCAUGAACGGCAAAAAGUACCCGAGCGGAGUGUUCGCCGGACGCCUGCGCAAGUACCUGUUUAAGGAGCACUUGGGCCUCCUGGAGGGAGAUAGUCGCUCCGAUCUGGACAUCAGCGAUCCCAUCUGCGACAAGUUCUGGCACGGCACCUGGCGCAGGACCUCGACACGGAACACGGAGAUCUACGACGAGGUGUUCAAAUGCAUUCCCACGGACUUUGUGAAGACCUUUGCCAGUCUCCGCAAGUACCAGGAAGAGCCGCCGCUCUCAAAAACGGAGCCCGAGCUGGCCGCCAACCGAGCCAACGAAAUUCAGGGUUAUCUGGUCAACCUGCCAUUGGAGUUUCUCAACAAAGAGGUGCUCACGCCGCCCGGAACCAGCAAGGAGGGCCUCAUUCCUACCUCUGUAUGGACAUAGUCUGCCAAAUGUCUCCAAGAGGCAACUAGCUAUAAGAAUUCCUUGAAACACCUAUAAUCAAUUACAGCCCCACCCAACCAACGCGCUUAAAUUGAACGCUUGUCAUUGCCAGGACAUACACUUUAUAUAUUGUAUGUUGAACAGUACCCGUAGGUUACUCUAGAUCUUACCAAGUACGCAGUUAUGCCCUAACAAUAGUUUAUUUAUUUUACUCUGUUUGUCUAUGUCCUCAAGUAGUCUUAGAUCCUUGUUGUUAUUCUUUUUUAUAAUGUUUAAACAGUAUUUUAGACCGAUUUACAGAUGUUUAUUAAAGUGAUAUGAAGUGCAAAUGAAUAAAUACAGGUCUGAAUUGUUA